AUGGAUCCGAGAGGCUCGAAGCGCACGGUUGAGGAAGACGGCACUGCUCAAAGUUCCUCUGAGUUACCUCUGGUCGGAACAAGACGUACAUCUGUCAGGAAUCUCACUUGCUGGCAUCGGAAGCCCGAUCAGGGGACUUACAGGAACUAUUUAAACAGCGGGUUGCCCCGCCGCAUCCUGUACUACGAGCGUGGCGAGUGGACCGAUUUUCCCGAGUCGGCGAGGGAGGCGAUCAUCGACGGAUUCCGCCACCAGAUGUCCUGUAUGGUCGUCUUCUUUGGUUGCGAGCUAAUGCUUGUCGACUUAUUAUGCAUGGUCAUGUCGAACUCGAACGCAAAGAAACAUGCCUACGUGGCAUGGAUGGACGAGGCCUAUCGAUGCUUCUUCCCUUGCCUAUCAUUCGACGGGGGAGCCGACGAACCCAGUGAGCUGGUUUCUGGUGUGGUCAGGCCACAGGCAUAUUCGGUUCCGGCCCCUCAAAUGGUGACAGAAGUUAUCGUCGGCGACGGAAAUGGGCCUCCCGCCCCAGAGGCUAAAAUACUCAAUCUACAAAGGAACAGCAAAAGCUUCGCCUUCAUGGAGAAGCUUUUCCUUUCGGGGAUGCCAUCCUUUGUCAAUCCCGAGAACGUACUGUGCAUAUACGAGUAUGUUCCAAAAGAUACUGACGCUCAAGUGCAAUACCAAGCAUUUGAGAGUCAGCUGAGAUCCACGAGAGAGAAGCGUGGCAAUGCAAAUGUCAAGUACGCAUGGUUUGGUUCAACGACGCAGGAAAUCCUCAGAAUUCUGACCUAUGGAUUUGGAUCCGCGGUCGCACCGACCGUAGGAGCAGCUUUCGGCAGCGGCAUCUACCUUACGCCAUAUCACCGUUCCUUCUCCAGCGUCAAUCUUUGCAGUGUUGACGGAAACGGAGUGCAGUGCAUGCUCCUAUGCCAAGUCAUCUUGGGAAACUUGGAACAAGUCCGGCCUGGUUCUCGGCAAAAUUCACCCAGCAGCGAUGACUAUGAUUCUGGGGUGGACGACCGUAAGGAUCCCAGGUGUUUCGUGGUAUGGGCCACCCACGCAAAUACUCGUGUUCAUCCAAGAUCUGUCGUCAUUUUCAAGUUGCCCCCAAAUCUCCAAGAGUACUUCUUUGAUCUAAGCGAUGUCCGCUUUGACAAGAAUCCGAUAAGAAAUAUUCCACCUUUCAAUCGGCUCUCCGGUCCUAAACAAACGUUCGUAUCACUUCCAGGACAUGCGAUAAAUCAGCAUAUGCCAUAUACUUUCUUGUACUAUAAGGUGCAACACCACAUUUCUCCAAUAGAGAAGGAGUUGCUGUUCCGCCAUCAUGUUGAUUUCCAGAAGGGUGCGCUAACCGGUGAAAAGUUACUUGGGAAGAUAAGUGUGGUUUUAGGGGAUCAUCUUCUUGUUUCUACCUUAAAGAGAUUCACAGAUCGUGGUAUAUUGGAGGCGGCACCAAAUGCUGAUGACAUCAAAGACACUGCCACGUCGAGGAUGAAGCCAAAGUGA